GCCCAUCCGUGAGGCGGUGGUGCAAUAGUGUGAGAAACAAAAGUCCAGAUCAAAUGCUCUUACCUCAAUAAAUGCGCUGCUACAACCCUAGUCAUGGCUAUUCCAUUGGUGAAACGACUACCACAGGGCCUCUCCUCCAUUCAAGCCCGCCUCUGUAUCCAAGAUGGAAGAACAAAAAUCGGUGGAAUUGAACAUGGACUGUUUGGUGAAUGUGCUUGGAAGAGUGGAAAUGGAUUCAUUACUAUUUGCAGUUCCAUAUGUAUGCAAGUCGUGGUACAAAGUGAGCCUCGAUCCUGUGUGCUGGAAGCGUCUUGUUUUUCCUCACUUUGAACAGAUGGUUAUGAAAAGGUUCAUGGAGGUAUAUCAAAGUAUUGGACCCUUCUCUGUCACUUCAUUCAUAAAUUCUAUAGUUCGUCGUAGCAAUAGAUUGGCUACUGCCUUGGUGCUCCCCGAUUACUGCACAAAAGAGGCAUUGGAGUACGCUGCUGAUGAGUGUCCUGCACUGAAAGUUUUGGAGCUGCCCAAUGAUCUACUUAAGAGAGAAUCAGCCAUUAUUCCAGAAUUAAUAAGCAAGUGGAGAAAUCUAGAACAGUUGAGACUUGAAAGACCCUCUAACUUGGAAGAAAUCCUACACCAAAUCAGCUGCCAUUGCAAGAACUUUUUUGGGCUAAGUGUUAUUGACUCUGAAGUUUGGGAAAAUGAAGUGUCAGCCAUUGUGUCACUGCCUAACAUUAAGUACUUGAUUUUAAGGGGAACAUUCAUUGAGCGGAAGAGUCUGGUGAUGAUAUUGCAAGGUUGCAAUAAACUUGAGCUUUUAGACAUUAGGGACUGUAUAGGUUUUGAGGGUGAUGACGAGUUAUUGAAUCUUGCCUCGCAUAUUAAUGCAUUCAAGCUUGGGGGUUCUAAGCUUUCUAUUUGGCAUGACGAAUACUACUGUUCUUAUGAUUCUGAUUGUGGUUAUGAUUACUAUUAGAAUUGGGUUGGUUGAAUUUAGUUGGAGUUGUUAACCUUGAGUUGAUAUUUUAAGUUUAUUUUAUGUAUUCACAUAUCUGUUGAGAUGAAAAUACAUUUUUUUUAUAUUACUUAUAAAAUAUAUUUAUAUUCAA